AUGGCCGGCCGGGGUGGGGGCUGCAGCUGCUGCCCGGGCCCCCUGAACGAGGACAACGCGCGCUUCCUGCUGCUGGCCGCGCUCAUCGUGCUGUACUUGCUGGGUGGCGCCGCCGUCUUCUCCGCGCUGGAGAGGGCGCAUGAGCGCCAGGCCAAGCAACGCUGGGAGGAGCGCCUGGCCAACUUCAGCCGCCGCCACAACCUCAGCCUCGAUGAGCUGCGUGGCCUUCUCCGCCUCUACGAGGAGGCCACCGCAGCUGGCAUCCGUGUGGACAGCGUCCGCCCGCGCUGGGACUUCGCUGGCGCCUUCUACUUCGUGGGCACGGUGAUAUCCACCAUAGGGUUUGGGAUGACGACCCCACUGACAGUAGGAGGAAAAAUCUUUUUGAUCUUUUAUGGCCUCAUUGGGUGUGCAAGCACCAUCUUGUUCUUCAACCUUUUCCUGGAACGUCUGAUCACUGUCAUCGCGUACAUUAUGAAAUCAUGCCACCAGCGGCAGCUCCGUCGACAAGGUACCUCGACCCAGGACAGCCUACAGGACCCGAGGAAGCCCGAGGCGGAGGGCUUGGCUGGCUGGAAGCCCUCUGUGUACUAUGUCAUGCUGAUUCUGUGCAUGGCCUCCCUCCUCAUCUCCUGCUGUGCGUCGGCCAUGUACACCCUCAUGGAAGGGUGGAGCUACUUCGACUCACUCUACUUCUGUUUUGUGGCUUUCAGCACCAUUGGUUUUGGGGACCUGGUCAGCAGCCAGAAUGCCCUGUACAAUAGUCAAAGCCUCUACCGCUUUGCCAACUUUGUCUUCAUCCUUAUGGGCGUCUGUUGCAUCUACUCCUUGUUCAAUGUCAUCUCCAUCCUCAUCAAACAGUCUGUCAACUGGAUCCUGAGGAAAAUGGAUGGUGGGUGCUGCCAACCAUGCCAAAGAAGACUCUUCCGGUCAAGGAGGAAUGUGGUCAUGCCGGGCAGUGUCCGGAACCAGUGCAACAUCUCCAUAGAAACAGAUGGGGUGAUGGAGAGCGACACAGAUGGGCGGCGUCUCUCAGGGGAGAUGAUCUCUAUGAAGGACUUCUUAGCUGCCAACAAGGUCUCCUUGGCCAUCCUCCAGAAGCAGCUGUUUGAAACGGCCAAUGGCUGCCCCCACCAGACCAGCACGCUAUCCCAGGACAACGAAUUCUCAGGGGGCAUAGGAGCCUUGGCAAUAAUGAACAACAGGUUGGCAGAGACAAGUGGGGACAGGUAG